AUGGGUUUAGACAACGGAGACUCUUCCGAGCAAUUUGCUAUUCUCACACCUCGAUUUAUUCUUGUUCCCACAACCACAGCAAUCUCCUUCAACUCAUACCGGGCGCUUUAUGCCGAGCUACACGCAAAUGUAGAUUUCUGUCAAAUGGGCUUCGGACAUCACUUUCCAGCCAGGUCAUGGAACGAUGAAGAGACGCGUGAUUGGAUGCGAACGCGUGAUAUCGAACGUUCUUGGCAAAAGCGCAAUUUAGGUGAUUUUGCUGUGGGGUUGCGCGGACCAUCCACAUUCGAGCCUGGCAAUCACUCCGCACAAAAUGAUGAGUUCACCAUACUCAAAGGCAAUGACUAUGCUCGGGUCGCGGGGCCCAAUAAUGUCCAUCUUGCUGCCUCCGAAUGGGUGGGCUAUUCAGGACUCCGUGAUGCUACAACCACCUCGAUGCCGCCACGAGAGCCUGGAGAUCCUGUGCUGCCAUCUUGGAAUGAAAUGGUUGAGCUGCGCUAUGGUGUCUCGCCAAAAUUCUGGGGGCAAGGAAUUGUGCAGGAAGCCUCAAAAGCCGUUAUGAGGUGGUCUAUCGAAGAAAGAGGGAUCAAAAGGUUCGUCGCUGAGACGGAGAGAGAAAACACCAGGAGUGCAAAGGUAUUGCAAAAACUAGGCUUUACACUGAGCGACACGAACUACUGGAAAGAACCGAGUGAAUUGGAAUGGGUGCUUGCCGCCAAAUGA